GGAUAUAUACGAAGAAAUGAUAAAAAAAAAGGAUUGAUUGAGAGAGACGAAGAAGCAUUCAAAUAGCUGGAGCUGCUUUACCUGUACCUUCACCAACACGCGCCUUCUUCAACGCUCCAGCACCUUUUUCCUUUUUCUCUUUCUCCUCUGAUGUAGGUGGCAUAUAUAUUGCAUUUCUUUUGGUUUGGUUGAGAGUGAACACACGCAACAAGGAUCCCCGAAAUUCCCUUUGAACUCUGUUUCUGUUCAUGUCCUGAACUUCUGUUUCACAGUAAACAUUCUACCCAAUCAAUUUGGUCACUGAUGUGGCCCUUAUACCUGUUAUUCAACAAGAUUCUUAAGACAGAAGAUGAAAGAGAAUUGAAAGGAGAUAAUUUGAGUGCCAUAGAUCCCUACUUGUUUCAGCAUUCAUCAAGUAACAAUAACAUAGAGUCCCAUCUUCCCUCCUUACGCCGCUCGCUCUUUGUUGAUGUACCACAUGUAAACCAAAUAUAUACAUGGGAUUGUGGCCUUGCUUGUGUCUCGAUGGUUUUGAAAACUAUUGGUGUUAACGACCGUGAUAUUCAAGCACUGGCUGAGCUAUGCUGCACUAAUAGUAUCUGGACAGUUGAUUUGGCAUAUUUGUUGCAGAGAUUUUCUGUUGCAUUUUCCUAUUUCACUGUAACAUUUGGUGCAAACCCAAACUAUUCUGUUGAAUCCUUUUACAAGGAGGAAUUGCCUAAUGAUCUAGUCAGAGUAGAUAUGUUAUUUCAAAAAGCAGUGGAGUCUGGAAUUGACAUACAGUGUAGAUCAAUUAGUGGAAGAGAGAUUUCCAUUCUCAUAUUGUCAGGGAAAUAUAUUGCUAUUGCAUUAGUUGACCAAAGCAAAUUGAGUCAUGUAUUGCAAGAUGAUGUUCAUGUUCCUGAAGUUUCCAGCAAUAACCCUGGCUAUACUGGUCACUAUGUUUUGAUAUGUGGCUAUGAUGCUGGAGCAGAUAUGUUUGAGAUUAGAGAUCCUGCCAGCUCUAAGAAGCAUAAAAGGAUAUCUUCAAAGUCCUUAGAAGAAGCUCGCAAAGCCUUUGGGACAGAUGAGGAUCUUCUCUUGAUAUCUUUGGAGAAGAGCAAGAACCACCAUCAACUUUCAAACCAACUUUCCACUGAUGUCAAUAUGGAUUCUUCAAUUUCUUCUCCUCUGCAAUAAUUUGCCAUUUUUUUUCUAUUUUGCAUAUAUUACAUAUUCCUUUUAUGUUAAUUUAGUUGCUAAAAGAGAAUCAUAGCUUCUCUUAUAUUUAUAUUCCCAGUAAAAUCCCGUUAAAAUGGUAAUAUUCCGGCCUGUAUGCAUUGUGUAGAUACGUAAGAUGCAUUACUGAAAAUUGUAUAGUAGCAAUCAAUUCAUUGUAAUGUUAUGUAAAGAUCAUGUAUACCUUCUCGGAAAGAUGUGAAACAGACAACUAAAUUAUCAUGAAUGGAUUCAGAGUUUAAUGGACAGAAAAACUUUUUGCCUGAAAAUUAUUAAAAUAA